AUGGAGGAUGGGAGGCAGAGAGUCUUUACUGGGGUGGAGCAGGUGGAUGUAGAAGGCAUGAGCUGGUGCUGGCAGGAUGAGGCUGGAGGUCUACAGGCGAGUUCAGGAGCAGAGCCUAAGGCCGGCAGCUGCACAACGGAGCGGGAUCCGAGCUUAGCCUCGGGGCGGGACCCAAGGCAGGCAGGGGAGCCUCAAUGGUGCGCCCUGAGCAGAGCCACUGGAGGGUUCUCAGAGGCUGCGUCUAGGAACGAGGUCCAGGGCGCCUCAAGAGAGUCGAGGGCGACGGGAGCAGGUCAGUGCUGUUUCAUCAACUGUCAUCUCUAUGAGUAUCACUACGUCAAAGAGGAAAAGACCUGGACUGAAGCUCAGCAGUACUGCAGAGAGAAACACACUGACCUGGCCACAGUGUCUAACAUGACAGACAUGAAGAGACUCCUCAAUAACUCAACAGGAGAUAUGAGGGGAGCUUGGAUUGGUCUGCAUGAUCCACCAGGUGUCAACAGAACAUGGUACUGGUCUCUGCCUGGAGAGGAGUUCAAUGAGAAGGAUGCAAUGUGGCACAGUGGAGAACCAAAUGAUAAAGGAAACCCAGGACCUGAGAAUUGUGGAUUUCUGAUUAAAACUUACGAAUGGGGAGAUGUGAAGUGCUCUAGCCAAAGAUAUUUUCUCUGCUACAAUGAAACCAACACAACCCAGAAAUACCACUUGAUUAGAGAGAGGAAGACCUGGCAGGAAGCUCAGAGUUACUGCAGAGAGAAACACACAGACCUGAUCAGUGGACUGAAGCAGCUACAGGAUGGAGAGCUGAAGGAGGUGAUGGACUCUACAACUAGUAAAUCAUACUUUGGUCUAUUCAGAGACACCUGGAGGUGGUCAGAUGGAAGCAGUUUCUCCUUUAGAAACUGGAAUCUACAGUUUGACUAUCAGAUAAUCAACAGUGGUCAAUGUGCCAUGACUGUGUUUGAUGAUGAAGGCAGAUGGAGGAAUGAGAACUGUGCUGUCAGAAAACCCUUCAUCUGUUAUGAUGAUAAAGUGAUCCUGAUCAAAGAAACUAAAACCUGGGAGGAAGCCUUGUACUACUGCAGAGAUCACCACCAUGACCUGGUCACCAUCACCAACCUGGAUGAGCAGAGAUGGGUCCAGGAGAAAGCCAAGAAGGCCUCCACUGAUUACGUCUGGAUGGGACUGCGCUACGCCUGUACUCUGGAUUUCUGGUUCUGGGUCAGUGAUGAAGUGGUCAGCUAUGAGAACUGGGCUCCAGAUGGACUGAUGGAUGACUGUGACAUGUCUGGAGCCAUGAAGACAGGAGAACCAGCACAUCAGUGGAGGAAAAGAAACGAUGCUGACAAAUUUAAUUUUGUCUGUUCUAAAGAUUAAGUCUCUCUUCUUCUUCUGUCUGGGUUUUUACUGCAAAUUACUCUUAAAUAGAUAUUUUGCCUUCUGUCAAAUAAUCAUUUGGAGAUUUCUCUUUAUAUCAAACCAAGGUUAAUGUUUUCCUAACUUUACAUACAACUGUUGUCUGUGUUAAGCCCAUAAACAGAAGCUGUCAUGAUGUGCGCCUCUAAAGAAAGUCUUAGAGUUUCCAAAGGUCAGAAUGUAUCAUCUAAUAUCGAUUAACUUAACGCCUCGCAUAUUCCUCAGACAGAAGGGCAAAGCAAAGAAAAACUGUCGUCUUUGUUCAAAUGUUGCUUUAAUUGUGGUUUUUGAAUGCUAACAAGACAUCUUUAAUUUGACAAGAUGAGUU